UUUUUAUUUUGAAGGAGCUAAUGAAGUAAUACUGAGUGUAGUCGCGCACAGUAAAACCGCCUAUACGCUAACUUUAUUAUCAAUUACAGAUUGAGUUGACCCUUUGUACCAUGUUAUCUUAGGUGAUUGUUCGUAUUCAGGAAAGAAAUUUCUGUUCAUCAUAUCUCAGACAUGGCCACCGUUCAGAUCAGGAGUUACAGAAAUGAGGAUGAUGAGCGUGUGAAGGAGAUCUUCAUACGGGGGAUGAGUGAGCACCAACCUUCAUCCUUCAUGCACACCCUGAAGCAGCCUCAGACCCAGAUGCUGCUCAUGUGCGUGUUCUGUGUGGUCAUGGCCAGCUCCAAGUCUGUCCUGCUUCCCAUCAUGGUGGUCACCCUCCUCCUGGCUGGAGCCCGGCAGAUGAUCGGCUACAUGUUCAAAAGUUACAUAGACACCUGUCUCAGGAGUGACCUGAACAACGUCAGUGAGACCUAUCUGAAGAAGGAGGACUCAUGCUUUUGGGUGGCUGAAAGUGAUGGACGGGUGGUUGGGACAGUGGCAUGUCUCCCUGCUGAAGAUUCGCCUGGUUGCCUGGAGCUGAAGCGCAUGUCGGUGUGCCGGAGUCAUCGUGGGAUGGGCAUCGCUAAGGCUCUGUGUCAGACGGUAGCAGACUUUACUCGAGACCGAGGUUAUUCUGCUGUCGUCCUUCGCACCUCUGUGGUACAGACUGAUGCUCAGAAACUGUACGAACACAUGGGCUACAGGAAGAUCAGAGAGUUCCCUGUGCCUGAGUUUAUUGCUAAAAUCAUCAACUUCACUCUGAUCGUUUACAGACUUGAUUUGCAGAGAGAUGGGGAGCAGGAAUAAAAGGGAUGCUUUAUAUUGAUUGUAAUAAAUGUAGAAAUGUGAUUACUGGGAAUUUGAAUUUCAUUGUGCCAAUGCAUAAAUUAUUUUAUUGCACAGUGAUAAAGUGUUGUUUUCACUAUAUUGUUCUAUUUUUGAUAAUGAGACUCUUAUAUUGCAUUUACAUUGCAUGCUUUAGUUUAAUUAAAUGGUUUGUUAGAUUCACUCUGAUGCAGACUUUAGUGUUUGAAGAAUUAUUUGACACAGUUUUUUAGUUCCUGAUGGUUUGUAGACUCCUAUAGAGAUAUGUUAUCUGCAGCUUUUCAUUUUGCAUCACUUCUGCAGGAAAUUUAAAUAACUCAGAUAUCUGUUUAGCUAAUUGUGGGGGGAAAGCUAUUUUUGGUCAUUCAGGAGUUUCCCAUUAGAGAUGGAACCCAGAUAGGCUUGUUGCCCGCAUGUGGACACAGGAGACAUCCAGACCUGGAAAAACUGUCCAACAAAUGUGACAAAAAAUAAAAAUAAAAAUACAUCCAAACUUUUUCUUAAA